AUGCUUUUCCUCUUAGUGGUGCUCCAGGAGCUCAGAGAUUCCAACAGCUCUAAGUUCCAGGUUUCUGAGUUUAUCCUGAUGGGAUUCCCUGGCAUUCACAGCUGGCAGCACUGGCUCUCCCUGCGCCUGGCUCUGCUCUACUUCUUAGCUCUCAGUGCUAGCAUCCUUAUCCUGAUCAUCAUCACCAAGGCAGCACUCUACCAGCCUAUGUACUAUUUCCUGGGCUUCUUGGCUGCGGCAGACAUGGGCCUGGCUACUGCCAUCAUGCCUAGGAUUUUGACCAUCUUAUGGUUCAAUGCUAAGACCAUCACUCUCCCAGAGUGCUUUGCUCAGAUGUAUGCCAUACAUUGCUUUGUGGCCAUGAAGCCAAGUACCUUUGUCUGCAUGGCUAUUGAUAGAUAUGUAGCCAUUUGUCAACCACUCCGGUAUCCAUCAGUCGUCACUGAAUCUUUUGUAUUCAAAGCAACUGUGUUCAUGGAACUGAGAAACAGCUUGAGUCUCAUCUCAGUGUCUGUCUUGGCUGCCCAGAGGCAUUACUGCUCCCAGAAUCAAAUUGAGCACUGUCUUUGUUCUAACCUUGGAGUCACUAGCCUAUCUUGUGAUGAUCGAAAAAUCAAUAGCAUUAACCAGAUCCUUCUGGCUUGGACACUCAUGGGAAGCGACCUGGGUUUGAUUAUUUUAUCAUAUGCUUUAAUUCUUCAGUCUGUCCUGAAGCUAAAUUCUCCAGAAGCUGCAUCCAAGGCAUUAAGUAUCUGCACUUCCCACCUCAUCUUAAUCCUUUUCUUCUACACAGUCAUCAUUGUGAUUUCCAUUACUCAUAGUACAGGAAUGAAAGUUCCCCUUAUUCCAGUUCUACUCAAUGUGCUACACAAUGUCAUUCCCCCUGCCCUGAACCCCAUGGUGUAUGCACUCAAGAGCAAGGAACUCAGGCAAGGCUUAUACAAAGUACUUAGACUGGAGUGA